AUGCAAAAGCCAAAGGUCGACUUCUUCACAAACAGAGAGGCACUAGACGCACGGCAUACCUCACCUCCUUCAGCGAGCUUCCCACCGACACCGUCAUACUCUGCUGGCACGCCACAAACGGUGGCCAGUGUACCCAGUACGCCCACCCCGACCAAUGGCCUUCAAUUCGUUCAUACCACCGGCGAGCACUUCGAGAGCCCAUCACCCGCCAGGACAGUCCCUCGCUUCGGCAUGAUGGGCCUUGGCGCGCCUCUGGGAGACAAUCAUGUCGGCCAGGACGUUCUCACUUGGGACGGCCAAAGCCCACAAGCACCGCUCGAACACCAAUCUUGCACCGGCUUCAAACAACCGGACUCCGCUCCACCACAGACACCCAUGUCGCUCGCCCCACCAAACCAAUCAUACCCCUACAUCCCACCACCAGACCCCUACUUCCAGCCACCCGACUUUCAACCCCCCGACUUCGCACCCCCAACCCAAUCCCUCUCCCAACUCACCCUCCCCUCCCACCCCGACCCCAACCCCUCCACCCUCGACUUUGACAAAAUGAUGGCCGACUACUUCUCCUACCAGUUCCCCUCCGCCAUCUGCCAGAACUGCGGCAUGAACGGCUGCACCUGCCGCAACUGCCCGGCCGUGAUGCAGAGUUUCGAGUCCGGCAGCUGGGCGCAGUGUUGUUCGCGCAAGCACGUGAAGUAUGCUGCGCAAAUCCCCAUGACAGGCACGGCGGCACCGGCGGGGUCCGUGGAGGUGGGGCAAGGGCAGGGUGGUGGCGAGAUGCAGGGGGCGGUCGAUCCGGCUUCGACGACGCAGAAUAUGCAAGUGGAUGAGUUGGGGAUGAUGGAGGGGACGGAGCCGAUGGAUUUGAGCGAGUUUCUGCUGGAUGAUUUGCAAGAGCAGCCGCCGAGUGGUGGGUGCUGUUGCGGGGACUGA